AUGCGCACACCCAUGCGCACACUUUCUACUUUUCACCAGAUUUCCGCUCCAACCAUGGGCAGCACUACAACAAGCAGCGACGAGCAUGAAACGAGAGCCGCUGCUGGCACGCCCGUAUUGGAUCCAUCUGUCCCAAUAGACGGCGGAGCGCCGUCUCAACCGCUCUCGCUUACUGACGAAACCGAACACCUCACCGCAUACCAACAUGGAAACGGAAACGAAAGCGAAAAAGACGGCGAACACGACCACGAAGCCGAGCCUACUGAAGCAUGCUCCUACUGCAGCACCAGCGACCCUGCUUCGCUUGCCCGGUGCGGCACGUGUCAGCGCUGGUUCUGCAACGGCUCGAGCCUGAAAGCCGGCUCUCAUAUCGUGGCGCACUUGGUGCACCUGAAACACAGCGAGAUCUCUUUGCACGAACAGCUGGCCUUGGGAGGCGACCCGUUGGAAUGCUACAACUGCGGCAGCCGCAACGUGUUUGCGCUUGGGUUUGUGGCGGCUAAACAGGAGCUGGUGGUUGUGCUUUUGUGCCGCAUGCCGUGCGCCCAGGCGCGCGAUAUCAACUGGGCCACCAACGAGUGGCAGCCGCUCGUGGAGGCGCGCGCGCUCUUGCCGUGGGUCGCCGCGCAGCGCGAGCCGGCGCGCGACGUCAAGCCGGCGCAAAUGGCGCGCCUCGAGGCGCAGUGGCGGGUCAAGCGCGACGCCACUUUGGCCGACGUGGACGCCGACGCCGACGGCGCGCGCGACCUUGCCAUGGCGCUUUUGCGGUACCCGGAUGCGCUCGAGUACCAGCACGUUUGGGCGCCUCUUGUGGAGGCGGAAGCAGCAUGCGACAAGUUCAUGAAGGAGCUGCGCGUGUUGGACCAUCUUCUGGUCACAUGGGGCACCGUUGCCUCUGGGCGCCACACGGCGCUGUUCAUCGUGUCGACCUACGAGACGAGCGAGUUGCAUGUGGCGGUGGGCGACGAGGUGGUGUUGCACCACCGCGAUUUCGGCGCCGCCGAGUGGAGCGGCGCGGGCGUGUUGGUGGCGGUUCCGGGCGCACGCACCGAUAUCUACACCGUCGAGUUGCAGCCAAGCGUGGUGCCUCCGCAGGCAACCACCGGGUUUCUGGCGGAAAUCGUGUGGAAGGGCACGCCGUACCAGCGCAUGCAGCACGCGCUCUUCCGCUUUGCCACCUCCAACGAGUCUGUGUCGGCGUAUGUCUACCAUAAGAUAUUGGGCCACGAUGUGGUGGAGGUGGAGUUUGACGGCGAGAAUUCUCUAAACAACAAACGGUGCAGCGCCCUCAAUGCGUCCCAGCGCGCGGCAGUGGCCCAUGCGAUUGCCAGUCCGCUUACGCUUAUCCAAGGCCCGCCCGGAACUGGUAAGACCGUCACUUCUGCGGCGAUUGUGCGCGAGCUCGUGCGGCUUCGGCGCCUGCGGGUUUUGGUGUGUGCGCCUUCGAACGUGGCGGUCGACCAUUUGGCCCUCAAACUUCGCGCCGCGGGCCUCAAGGUGGUGCGUCUCGCAGCCCGCUCGCGCGAAGACAUCGAGUCCGAGGCAACGCCGCUCGCCCUCCACACACAGGUGCGCGCGGCGAUUCCGCGCAGGGUGCGUACACUAGUGGAUAAACAGGCGAGCGGAGGCGAGCUCGAUGCGCGCGCAAAGGCUCGCAUCGCCCGCAGUUGGCGUGCCGCAGAACAGAAACUCAUUUCGUCGGCCGAUGUGAUUUGCACUACUUGCGUGGGCGCGGAUGACCGCCGGUUGGAGGAAUAUGAGUUUCCUAUUGUCUUGGUUGAUGAAAGCACCCAAGCCACCGAACCGGAAGCAUUGAUUCCCAUCACACGCGGCGCAAAACAGGUUGUGCUCGUGGGCGACCAUCAGCAAUUGGGCCCGGUGGUUUUGGACCCCGCCGCAAGCGCUGCUGGACUCCGCAGGUCGCUUUUCGAGCGCCUUGUGUCCAUGGGGCACGUUCCUUUACGGCUCGAAGUGCAAUACCGGAUGCACCCAGCACUCUCCGAGUUUGCGUCCAACAUGUUCUACGAAGGUCUGCUUUUAAACGGCGUAACCAGCGACGACCGCACACGCCCGGGCGCAGACUUCCCAUGGCCUGUUCCCGACCGGCCCAUGAUGUUCUGGGCCAACUACGGCAAAGAGGAGAUUGGUGCCAACGGCAGUUCGUACUUGAACCGUGUGGAGGCAAUGAAUGUCGACAAGAUUAUUGCACGGCUUGUACGAGACGGUGUUCUGCCCGAUCAGAUUGGUGUGAUCACUCCAUACGAGGGCCAGCGUGUCUACAUAUGGCAGUAUUUGAAGUUGAACAGCACUGUUCCUAAGAGCGCUUUGAACGAGCUUGAAGUGGAAGUGUCUUCAGUGGAUGCAUUUCAGGGUCGUGAGAAGGAUUAUAUCAUUUUGCUGUGUGUCCGUGCCAAUGAAGACAGAGAUAUCGGUUUCUUGAAAGACCUGCGCCGUUUGAAUGUGGCGCUUACUCGUGCCAAGUUCGGCUUGAUUAUUUUAGGAAACCCCCGUUCCUUGAGUAAAAACAAGCUCUGGAACAGUUUGUUGGUGCACUACCGUGAGAGGGGAUGUCUUGUAGAGGGUCCCUUGGACAAUUUGAAUCUCUCGCUUGUGCCUUUGGGUCAGACGUCCAACCAGGAAAAACUGUUCAUUUCCGGCCCUCGCAACACGGACUUCGACACCCAGUCGAUGAUUUCGCAUGUGGUGGAUGGAGACGACCCAGAAUUCCAUUACGAUGCACCACAGGAACUGCCGCUACACGACGAUGUGGUAUGGCCAAGUCUUUCGAACAAUGCGGCUUCACGUCUACAAGAAAAGAAAUCGCAACCAUCAGCGUACCCAAAAAUUGCUGAAGAUGAUCUCAAGGCGUUUGCCAGCGCCUUUGCUAGUGGGCUUAACUUGUAA